AUGGCUUCCAAAACUUGUUCCUCCCUUGCUCUUCUCCUCCUGUUUGCCCUAGUCGCUGCAUGCGAUUGCGAGCCGUGCCCUCGUGACGCACUCAAACUAGGUGAAUGUGCCGGUGUGCUAAAUGGGUUGUUGAACAGGACCUUGGGUCAACCACCAAUUACCCCUUGCUGCUCCUUCUUCAAUGGCCUCCUUGAUCAUGAGGCUGCCACGUGCCUUUGCACUGCCCUCAAAGCAAACAUUUUGGGACCCAAACUCAACUUUCCCUUCUCCUUCAACUUACUUCUCGGUGCUUGCUCUAGGCAAGUCCCACGUAAUUUUCAGUGUCUUUAA